AUGGAUUAGCUUUUAAACAUGAGGCCCAGUCCUAAAUCAUUAUAUUUUCGAUCUUCACCUGGAUCAAAACUGUCUUUUUAAAGUGAAGAUGAUAGGGAUACGGCAUUGUCAUCUGAUUUUACCCCAAAGCCUAAGCCAAAACCAUUAUAAGGGAUGUCUCCUACUAAUUUUUCACCCGAAAACGAUCAAACUUGUAAAAGUUCACAAAAACAAGAAUCUAUGAAAUAAGUUAAAAUUCCAAAAUUAUCUAGAUUCAGUACUUAAAGAAUAAUAACAGUGAAUGAAGGAGAUAAAGACGAAGAACCAGAAAUAAUAGACAAGGAGAGCUAAUAACAUCAAAUUCAAUCGGCCCUGGUAAUCGGUGACUAGACAAAAGCAAUGGAAGAGCAAUUGAAAAAGAUUGAGGAAAAAAUAAAAGUGAACCCAAAACUGAAAUAAAUCAAAUCCAAGCCUAUUUCAAUGAGAAAUUUUUAAAAGGUUGGAGAAUCCAAAUAGGACAAACUAAUUGAUCAUCCAUUUCGACACCUUGUCUUCAAUCCAACCAUAUCAGAAGAGACCUUCGAUAAACACUUACGUAUAACUCAGAGAGGUCUAAUAUAUUCAAAAAGAUGUUUAAAAGGUCCAUCUGAUUAAUUUAUUGAAAAGAAAAAGAUUUCUCUUAAUAGAAAUAAUCCCUAAAUAUUGAAUACAAUCUUUUUGGAUCUUGAUGAAACCCUUGUUCACGCCAGUCUCUCAAAAGAUAACUCGUAAGUCAAAAUUAACUAGAUAAAUGAUGAUGGCAGCGAAACAGAAAUUGGUAUCAAUAUUAGACCAUAUACCUAAUAUUUUUUGUAAGAACUAUCACAAUUUUAUACUGUCUACAUCUACACAGCAUCUUCAUAAUAGUACGCAUCCGCUAUUGUAAACUAUCUUGAUCCCAAAAGACAGUAUAUUAGUGGGAUUCUCAACAGAACUAACUGCAUGGAAACCAAAAAUGGAUUCUUUAUUAAAGAUUUAAGAAUUAUUACCGAUUUAGAUCUUAAUAAGACUUUAUUCGUUGAUAAUCUAGUCCAUUCUUUUGGACUUCAGAUAGACAACGGAAUUCCAAUCUUAGAAUGGAAUGAUAAUGUGGAUGAUUUGGAGCUCAAGUAUUUACUUGAAUAUUUGGUUGAUGCAUCCGAAUAGUCGAAUUUAAGAGAGUUCAAUGUAGCUCAAAUGUAAUUAGAUCAAUUACUUGAUUACAUAAUUAAGUGAUGAUUAAUAUCUUUCAUUUUAGUCAAUUUUAUUUGUUAUUUACAUUU